AUGGCUGGGCAGUCCACUAUGCCAGGACUGUUGCAGUCGGGCCUAGUAUAUUACGGCAAUCACCGGAAACUUUUAUCGCGCACAAUAUAUAUUGCUACCUUUUUAUCUGUGAUUAAUCGAAUGCGCAUUUCUGUUCACGAUCAGAAAAACAAGAAAAAAACCAAACCUGAAACUACAGAAGAUGGAGCUACAAAUUUAGGUGCUAAGAAAAACGAACGAGUGGAAGUUGACGCUCAAUUCUUCCGUCGGAUAGCUCGCUUGUUACGCAUCAUUAUCCCCAGAGGAGCACUGAAGUCUAAAGAACUUUGGAUUCUGGCCAUGCACUCUGGAUUCCUCGUUCUUCGAACCAUUCUGUCACUCUACAUAGCAACACUCGAUGGUAAGCUUGUUGCGGCACUCGUUAAAGGCCGUGGUCGCGAGUUUUUGUUGGGCCUAGUGUGGUGGAUGUGUGUUGCUAUUCCCGCCACGUUCACAAACUCUAUGCUGCAGUAUUUACAGGGCACGCUGGCGGUGCGGUUUCGGGAUCGAUUGACUUCAUAUAUUUUAGAACGAUAUUUGCCUUCCGAGGAGAAACAAGAAUCUGAGAAUGAAGAAGAAGAAGAAACUAAUGAAAAUGAAAUUUUUGAGAAAUAUGCCGAUGAUUACCAAUUUACCAAAGAUUUUUCUCAAAGAAACUCCAAACUACCACAAUCAAAAGAAGCAACUUCUAGAAGAAGGACCAGGAAAGUUGCUAAAGAUCCAAACAUUCUAACAACGCCCAUGUACUAUGCGAUCCACAAUCUCGACGACAGAAUAAGAAAUGCGGACCAGCUCAUCACAGCAGAUGUUGCUCGGUUUUCCACCUCUUUAGCGCAGUUAUACUCCAACCUUGCGAAACCGAUUUUGGAUAUGUUCCUCUACUCAUGGCAGCUCUCAAGAUCUGUUGGUGGUGAAAGUUUAUUUGUCAUUGGAAUGCUUAUCCAAGUCUCGGCUCACGCGCUACGUGCGCUGACACCACCGUUUGGCAAAUAUGUUGCCCAAGAAGCUGCGUUAGAGGGCGACUUUCGGUUCCAACAUACGCGAGUUAUUGAUGCAUCGGAGGAAAUUGCUCUCUAUCGUGGCCAGCAGCUAGAGAAAAUGACGCUUGAUCGGUCGUACUUUGCACUCAUCAAGCACGUGAACAGGAUUCUGCGGCGCCGUCUGUACCACGGGUUUAUGGAGGAUUUCGUUGUCAAGUAUUUUUGGGGUGCGCUGGGGCUUGUGCUUUGCUCUGUCCCUGUAUUUCUUAAAGACUUGCCGUUUUUGUCGGGCGCCAUUGAGGUGCUUGAAGCAGCAGAGAAAUCCAAAGGAUCGUCUGUGGCAGCAACAAGUGCCGAGAAAGUUGCUGCAGGUAUGGGCGACCGGACACAAAGCUUUGUGACAAACCGACGUUUGCUUAUGCAAUCGUCUGAUGCCUUUGGACGCAUAAUGCUUUCAUAUAAAGAAAUUGCACAACUGGCAGGAUACACAGCGCGUGUUUGCACAUUGCUUGAUGUCAUGGAAGAUAUUAAAAAUGGCAAGACUGUGAAGCACAUGAUGUCACCGGAACAAAGCCGAACUAAGGGCGUUUCCAUUUCAAACCUCGACAACAUCACCGACAAGGCGGUAGCGCCCGCUGUUUCUGAGUUUAGUACACCCAAGGGCAAGGUCAUUUUGGGGGAUGAUAUUAUAUUCAAAAAUGUGCCAAUUGUGUCGCCCAAUGGUGAUGUGUUGAUCCGAUCAUUAUCGUUCGAGGAGCGCCACGGUCACAACCUAUUAAUUGUAGGUCCCAAUGGAUCAGGGAAGUCAUCUCUGUUUCGAAUUCUAGGUGGUUUGUGGCCUGUGAUGGGAGGAGAGGUUACAAAACCCCGGUCGUCUGACUUUUUUUACAUUCCGCAGCGGCCAUACUUAUCACGAGGGACCCUACGCCAGCAAAUCAUUUACCCAUGUUCCGAGCAAGACAAUAAUAAGUCUGACGGCGAACUGCUGGAGAUUUUAAAAGUGGUUGAGAUUGACGACUUGAUCACGUCUGGUGCAUAUGGGUGGAAUUCUGAGCGGGAAUGGAAGGAGGAACUGUCGAUGGGUGUUCAGCAGCGGAUUGCCAUGGCUCGGUUGUUUUACCACUGCCCUAAGUUUGCCAUUUUGGAUGAGUGCACGUCGAGUGUUAGUUUGGAAAUUGAGCGUAUCAUGUAUACUCAUGCCACCCAGUUAGGAAUUUCGUUGUUGACAGUUUCACACAGACCUAGCUUGUGGAAAUACCAUGAUAAGAUCCUGCAAUUUGACGGACACGGCGGGUACGUGUUUACGGAUCUUGAUGCAGAGAAACGCCUUCGUUUGGAGGAGGAAAAGCUCAAAAUUGACUUGAAUUUAAGGGCUGUGCCUGAAAUGGAAGCCCGACUGGAAAUGCUUAAACAACUACAAGGCAAAGAUCAAUAA